CGUUUAAUAAAUCAGUCCGCUAUCGCAUGAAGUGUGCAAUCUAUGCAUGUUCACACGUUGCAGUUAAAUUAGGAUUAAGCUGACAACCAGGGUUGUUAUUAAAACACAGGGUAGACUUGACAGUUUACAGUGCGUGUUUAUUGAAUUUAAAGCGUUUAGUAUGUGUGUGCAAACUUUCAAUUUGCGAGGAAAGUAAAUAUUUCCAUAAUGGAAAAAUCAUGCGAUAUGUAUGACGUCAUAGUGGUGGGAGCUGGAAUAGAAGGUUCUUCUACCGCAUAUCAUUUGGCUAAAUCCGGAAAUCAAACGUUAUUGCUAGAACAGUUCCCGCUGCCCCACAGCCGGGGUUCCUCACACGGUCAGUCGCGGAUUACCCGUAAGGCGUACGGUGCUAAGGACUUCUACACACGCAUGAUGUUCGAAUCGUUCGAGCUGACGUCAGAGCUGGAGAAGGAGUGCGGGAAGCAGCUGUUUAUGUACGUCAUCAUUUACGUCACGCGAAACUGCGGUACCCUGGUGUUCGGACGCCCGGAUAAUGCGUACACGUUAUCAACUGAAAAGUCUCUGCGGCGCUUUCGGGUUUCCUUCGAGAAGCUGGACAGCGCGGAGCAGCGCCGCCGCUACCCGGGCAUGGCGUUUCCGGACGACUUCAACUACAUACUUGACAAGACUGGCGGAGUGCUCAGGGCGGACAAAAUGCUGCAAGCGUUUCAGGCCCAGUUCGUGCGAUUCGGCGGUGUUCUGAGAGACGGGGAGCCCAUGAUGGACCUCCUACCCGGCGACGUGGUCUCCGUGAGGACCCGGGGCCACGUCUAUAGGGGCCGUAGUGUGGUUCUCGCCCUCGGUCCCUGGGCCGCCACAUUCCUUCCCUCUAUCGGGGUCAACAUUCCUUUAGAGCCUCUGAAGAUUACCGUCUGCUACUGGAAGGAAAGCGACUCGGACACGUUCAGUUCUUCCAAGUUUCCCACUUUUUUCACUGAAAACGCUAUAGGAGAUGGUCAAGUUUAUGGACUUCCGGCUGAGGAGUAUCCAGGCUUGGUUAAGAUCUGCCUGCACACAGGCCCCAGGAUCGACCCAGACAGGAGGGACGCCGUUGACAACCAAUGGGUGAUGGACAAGAUCAAGGGGAUCAUCGCCACCCACUUCCCCACCCUCGAGAGGGAGCCACGGGUAGUGGAGACCUGCAUCUACACGAACACGCCGGACGCGGAUUUUGUGUUGGACCACCAUCCGGUCUGGAAAAACGUCGUCAUAGCAGCCGGAUUCUCCGGUCACGGGUUCAAGCUGGCCCCGGUGGUAGGUAAGGUGCUGUCCCAGAUGGCUACUGGUCAGAAACCCAGCUACGACAUGACGCCUUUCCGAAUCGACCGCUUCUUCAAGAACAAACUUUAAAAAUGUCAUUGUAUGCCAUAAAGGGGCCAUAACUCCGGCAGCAAUCCAUUUAGAGUUACGCGCGACUCAACCAUCCGACAAACGGACGGCAGGACGAGUGCAAAUCAAUAUUCUCUCAAACCCCAUCGCAACUCUUAACAAGAGGGCAUAAUAUUAUACGAACAUGUCAAACGAAUGGGAUAUUGAAAUGGAAUUCUGGAUGAUGCCUUAAAAAACUAUGCGCUUGAUUUUGUAUUUGGUAUCGUCGGUGUACAUGUUAUACGAGUGUAAAAAAUACGAAAACUAAUAUAUAUAUAUAUUAGUGUACUCCCCCCUUAUCAUUUUGUUUAUUUUAUUUUUUAAUGUUUAUUAUUCCAAUAUGAAAUUAAAACCGUUUAAGUGUACCGGUCGUUUAAUGUAAUGUAAGGUUUCAUGAACUUAAAUUUGAAAGUUCAGAGAUUUUUAUACUGUAACGUAACACAUUGAUUAAAUUAGGUCGAUCUGAUACGAACAGCUCAAACCUAAAACAUUGUUGUAUAACAUACCUUAGAUGUAAGAAAGUUUUGCAUUAUGAAAUUAAACCCCAUUGUCGGAAACUCAAAGAUCAUACAUCACAUGAAACAAAACCAUGUACGUCAUUUCGGAAAGACAGUAUGUAAAUCGCAUAAUGUAAGGGACACAAGUGUUGUUAGCAAAUGGACAUAAGUGUAGUUGGUCAAGGGACACACGUGUAGUAGGUCAAGGAACACAAGUGUAGUUGGUCAAGGGACACACGUGUUGUUGGUCAAGGGACACAUGUGUAGUUGUUCAAUGGACACACGUGUAGUUGGUCAAUGGAAACAAGUGUAGUUGGUCAAGGGACACACGUGUAGUUGGUAAAGGGACACAAGUGUAGUUGGUCAAGGAACACAAGUGUAGUUAUUCAAUGGACACAAGUGUAGUAAGUCAAUGGACACAAGUGUAGUUGGUCAUUUGCCUAGAUGCAUGGGAUGGGUCCUGUUCAUAUUUCGGGAGGAGGUUACAGGAAAAUUGCUGAGAUGUAAUCAUUCUAAGUUUUGCUUUUUAAAGAGUCGCCAUAGUUGUUAUUGUACUACUUUAAAGUCCGCGUGUUUAUCCGGUAUAGAAGUCACAAAUAGAAAUAUGGGCGCAUUCUGUAAUGCACAACUCGUUCACAACCAAGCGCGUUUUUGGACGCACGGUCAAAGCCCACAGACGUUGUGUGGCUGCAUUGGCCAACAUGCAAUCACCGCGCUAGCAUAAAGUUUCAAACAGAGCAACUGGGUCUGAGACUCCUGUGACUUUUGUGCGCCUGUAGGACCGCGACUCUGUGGAUACCUCAAUACUGUAAAGAACUUAUACCUUCAACUCAAUAUCAGCGCAUUUUGGUUGCACAAUCAUCGCAAGUUGCAAGCAUGGCCUUUGCAAUCCUAAUUUUUUGCAAUAGACCAGUUGAUUGUUUUCGUUUACGAUCGGGAUUGUCCGCGUACGCGUACGGUCUGAUUGGGAAAAACGCGAGUCACAUUAACCCAUUUAUGCAUAGUGGACUCUUCCAUACUUCUAAAUUGGAUAAUUUAUUUCCAAAAUUAGGGAUGUCUAGUAUAUGUAUUUCUAUAUUUAGAAUAUUUCUUACGGCAAUUCCUUUAAGCAAACAGCGCAGACCCUGAUGAGACGCCGCAUUAUGCGGCGUCUCAUCUGGGUCUUCGCUGUUUGUCAAGGCCUUUUUUUCUUGACGCUUUGCAUAGAUGGGUUAACGUUACACAUAUUCAUACAUGCAUGCGUUUAGUCAAUAAAUUGAUACAAAAGAUAUAUGCUCUGGAUCAACCAUAAAGCAAAUCGUCAUAAAAAGCAAAGACCAUAACAUAAUUUAAUGGUGAUAUAAAAUGUCAUCUAUAUUUGAAGAUAAAAAUCGAGAAUGUUAACGUACAACUGAAGUAACGUCAAAUACGGACACUAGUACUAGGUGUUCUACAAGAUAUGUUUUGUUCCGAUUUAAAAACCGACAUAUCCAAUGCGUUUGCUAAAGAACAGUUUUUUUGGGUUUCUUUACAUCUUGUUUGUGAUUCGUUGGAUCCAUAACCUUAAAAUAUUUUAAAUAGCAUUUUUAUGGAUAUUUUUUAAUUUGAACAUAUUCAAAUUAACUAUUGGAUGUAAUAAUAACGGUUUAUGAACUCACACUUAUCGACUUUGCUUGUCUAGCUUAACGAAAAACAACAACAUGUUUUUGAACAUUUUGUUUUGUUUGGCCUUUGUUAUUGUUUUAUGAGAUCUUAAAUAAGAGACCGGUUUCGUAGUAAAAACGGAUAUUUUGAUUUAUCAGUUCUAACGCAGGCACAACGAUAUCCUAACGUAUACGGAUCUGUGAUCUAGCCAAAGAGAUUUUACUUCCUAAUAUGAUGGUUUACACCGACAUAACACUCGGUUUACAAGUAUAUAUAAGCACAACAAUAACCUUGGGGGUCGGUUCUUCCCUUUCAUAUCCUCAAUAAAUGUAAAAAACACAAGUAGACAAUAUACUCAUACUGUUCUAUUCUUAUCUUUAUACAACCAGACAGCCCAUAUUGAUUGAUAAGUCAAUUUGAACAAGGAUGACCAUAUUGACAUAGGGGAUUAGUUUUUACCACUUAUACCUUCCAUUUAGGGCAUUAAAUGAUGUACAAUCGUUUCCACUGUACAGUAAUUGAGUUACUUGUCGUAAAUUCUCACAAAACUUUAUAUCAUUUGCGGCUUUUAAAAUGUUGGUGGAAUAUAAGCUUUCACUUAUUUAUUGUUGAACUUUACAACUCUAAUAGAGAUGAAAUAUAGUAUGUUUCAAAUGUGUAAAACAUAAUUACUUUAGUAUCAUAUAAAGUUAAUAAAGUGUUUGUUCCUAUA